AUGGCGUCUGCAGCGGCCGUCUCCAUGGUCUCCGCCGCCGCCGUGGCCCCGAGGGCGGCGCCGGUGGGCCUCGCUGCCCUCCGGCCUGGGAAGCUCCCCGCCGCCGCCAGAACCGUCGGCAGUGGCCGCCUGCAGGUGAGGGCCUCGAUGAAGGAGAAGGCCGUGACGGGGCUGACGGCGGCGGCGCUGGCGGCGGCGCUAGUGGUUCCGGAGAUCGCGGAGGCGGCGCAGCCAGGGCUGUCCCCGUCGCUGAAGAACUUCAUCCUCAGCAUCGUCUCCGGCGGCGUCGUCCUGGGCGUGAUUUUGGGAGCUGUCAUCGCCGUCUCCAACUUCGACCCCGUCAAGCGGACCUGA